AUGGGAAGUGGAAAAAAAAAAAUUGAGAUUAGAAGAGUAGAGAACGAAGGACAGAGAAUGGUUACCUUCUCUAAGAGACGUCGUGGUCUCUUCAACAAAGCCCGACAACUCCGAUCCCUCACCGGCGCCGACAUCGCAAUCCUCACCUUCUCCCCCGCUGGCCGUCCCUACACUCACGGCGAACCCUCCUUCGACGCCCUUGUCGAUCGUUACCUCAACACCGUCGCAGCCGGAGAGAAGGCAGAAGAGGGUUGUGAGGCUGCCGCCGCGAACCACCACCGGUUGAAUUCGUGGUUGGAUGCUCUGCAAUUCGAUGCCAGUGAUAGCAUUGAAGAUUUGGAAAUCUUGAAGAAAGGGCUUGAAGAGAUCGCAGCGAAAGUGGCUGAGAAAAUCGACGACGUUUUUGUUGAUUCUUUGCUCGUUUGA